UUGUUAGUGGCUCCCAGAUUGCAGUCUUGACCCAGGACAGACACAUCUCCUACAGCAGCAUCAGCCAGGUCACAAGUGUGGUGCACAUUGCCAAGGAUAAGAGCAUGGAUUUGAAAAACACAGGGAUGUUGUUUGAAGAAACCUUCCUCAGUCCUGUGGUUAGCAAUUUUACUCAGCUGUGUGACUUCAAUAAAUGCAAGCUCAACUUGCAGUUAGGAGUCUGGAGAUCUCAGCAGUCCUGCACUGUGGAGAUCCUCGUGGGACAUUUCUGGAACAAGAUCUAUUACAUUGACAUGCAUGAAAGUUUGACUUUGAAGGCCGUAUUUGUGCCCAAUCCAGGCAAAAGGUCCACUCCCUUGGUGACAGUGAGCAACCCCCAUGUGCUGGCUUUCAGUCAGUGCCUACGUAAUAGAAGUGGAACUGACAUAUGGUGGAAACACCAAAUACCUCUUGCAUAUAGUUCUGGAACAGCAGUAUUUCUCUGAAUUUGCAGACACUGACUUCUGCAACAAUGUACGUGACAAGGAGAUGUCUACUGUCACCGUGGACAUACCUGAUAACCCAAUCGGUUGUAUGGAUGUGGCUCCCCUGACCGCACUUGUUGCAGUGUCCUGCCACCUGCAGAGCACAUCAGACUUGUAAAAAAAUGUAACAGUACGUGACAAAGAACUCGCUCAGGAAGCGGCACUGAGAAAUAAUUUCAGUUAUACAAUCAGCCAUAACAUAUUUGACUCACAUUUUCUUGCCAGGAAAGAUACACAGCAGGACAAUCUACAGAUCAAAUAUAACUUUACAAAUCUGGGAUGUCCUCUUCUGGUACAUUAUAAAAAUCCUUGGGUGCCAAGUUUUGAGUUACAGGAAAGCAAUAGAUUUCAGGAGCAUUUCCCUGCCAAAUUUGUUCCGUUUGAAACAAAUGGAAUGCACAACUAUGAUUAUCUUUUGACUGCACAUGAUGCCAACUGCAUCUCUCAACCUCAAAACUGGACUUCUUCACUAGAGGAACAGGAGUCCCCAGAUCCACGUACUGCGCGCACCAGAAGAAACUGCAUGAGCUGUACGGAUUGGAAUGGACCUGAGUUAGAGUGGCCCUCAGUCAAGUAUCAGGUUCUUGGUGGACAUAAAAAUAAGAUCACCUUCCCUCCAUACAAUGGUCUAUAUAUCUUUAAAGACAUUGUAAUGGAUGUAUUUUACAGUUAUUGUGAUUUAUCCAUAACCUUCUCAGGAUAUGUCUAUAGCACUUUUCCCAGGAACUUCGUACACUUCUGGGCACCACUGACAGUCUUUGAUUUUACUUUUGAUUUUCACAAGAUACUCCCUAUCUCAUUUAUCAGUCUAAAAAGUGGGAUGCGAGAGUUAAAGUAUUUUGCAUGGAAUUUUUGAAAGUCUCUGGUAAAUCUAACUGCAGAAUUUCCCUUUUAUUUAGGCAAGUUUUGUUGUUAUGAAAACACGAUGGAGACACUAGCUCAAUGUCUUCUUUUCUAAUUAGAAAGUUGAAAGUUUUAUUAUUUUGAAAUUGAAAAGGGAGAUUGUUUUACAGUGGCUUAUACUUGUUAAUCUGUUUUUCCCAUUAUUUUUUUUUCCCCUCAUUUUUCAUUCUGAAUUUUUCACUGACUAUGUGGCUAGUCCUACUCGUUUCAGCAGAGAUAGUUUAAAAGUCUUUCCAGUACAAGUGCAUGAUUUCAGAAAUAAGACAGCUUUUAAAUUUAAUUUUAGGAAGCAUUUUUUAAAUUAAGUGGACUUCAGGGGAUUUCCUACUAAUCAGUAUCAAUCCAGGCUGUGUGACGAAGACCAAUUAUCUCCAAACUUCCCAACUUGAAGCUGUAACCAACUCCUACAGAGGGCGCAGCUUUUCACUCAAGCUGAAUAUGAGGAGAAAAUCACCUGUCUUAAUACCUGUACUGUGAAAGCCCAGCAUCCUCUAGAAUUUCUACAUCCAUUGUAAGGAUGGAUUUUUUUAAUGUAUUUAAAGUAAUUUGGUAGGCAUUUUCCUAAGACGACAGUAAUAGUCAGUUAAAAUUAAACCAGCCACAAUAGUAAGGAAAUGGGUAUUUUGUCUACAAGUUAGACAACAAUUAACACUGCUUUUGCUAUGAACUAUUUCAGACAACUAUUUUAGAAUCCUGUGAAUCUGCAAUACCUAUGAC